AGCACCAAACAAGCGCGGCCGCCAUCGGCAGCGUGCAGUGUUCCAACGCCUCGAGUCAGAGGGGCCAUUUUCGAUUUCGAGUGGAGCUAAGAGCGUCGAAUAAUGGAGCUGAGUACUGAUUGCUGACAGGACAUGAGCGCCCAGUGCCCGCCGCCGCCCAGUAGUUUAGCCAGCCGUCACCCCGCCUCACUAGCUCUCUGCGCCGUGCGCCACAGCACCCACCCACCAAUCCUCACCGUCUUCUCCCCAGGGCUAGCACUUUUGGUCCUCCGACUCGGCGUGCUCCUUGCCACGCAUCGCCAGGUCCAACGGAGCAUGCCGUUGAGCUUUGAGCCACUGAACAAGUGUCACUCGACACAAUUUCUUUAGUUAGAGAUGCCUCGCUCAGGUGCCAGGGUCGUUCACAUGGCCUGUAGAAGCGACGUCGAAAGACAUCGGCAAGCACCAUCGCCGAGGUCGCGAUCGGACAUUCUCGCGAGGGCGUAGUCUUGACAGCUCAAGGG